AGCAAGUCCUGCUCCGCUCCGGGUGGCAGGCACACGAACUGGACCUUGUUCCUAAUAGUUUGAUCUUAAUUAGGAGCAAAGCAAAAUAGAAAAACUGAGAUAAUCUUUUUAACUCUUUCACGUGGGACAACCAGGAGACAUGAGGUGGGGUUUGGUGUUGGUGGAGGUUCUGCUAUCCUUGGGUUCUCUCAGUUGGGGUGAGAAGGGCUUGGAGGUCCCGGAAUAUGACGGGCUAGACCGGGUCCAUCAACUGACUUACAAAACCUAUAAGUCUGUGAUGAAGAAUUAUGAUGUCAUGGUGAUCUACUAUCACAAACCUGUUGGGGUGGACCCCAUGUCCAGGAAGCAGUUUGAAGUGGAGGAACUCGCUUUGGAGUUGCUAACAAGCCCCGCCGCUCUGACCUACCAGCUGGCUGCCCAGGUGCUCGAUGGUUUUGAAGAUGAAGACAUUGGAUUUGCACUGGUGGACUCAAAGAAAGACAUCACUGUUGCUAAGAAGCUGGGUCUGGAUGAGGUGGACAGCAUCUACAUAUUUGCUGAUGAUGAGGUCAUCGAGUACGAUGGAGAAAUGGCGGCCGACACAUUGGUGGAAUUCCUCUAUGAUGUAAUUGAAGAACCCGUGGAGAUAAUCUAUAAUGAGAGAGAGCUCAAAGGAUUCCAUAACAUAGAGGAGGACAUUAAACUGAUAGGAUACUUCAAGAGUCAACAAUCUCAUCAAUUCAUUGAGUUUGACGAUGCAGCAGAGGAAUUUCACCCUUUCAUCAAAUUUUUUGCCACCUUUGAACCAAAGAUUGCUAAGAAAUUAAAUCUAAAACUCAAUGAGGUAGACUUCUAUGAGCCCUUCAUGGCGCACCCUGUCACCAUUCCUGGAAAACCUUACACAGAAGAUGACAUUGUCAGCUACAUUGAAGAACACAACAGACCGACUCUAAGGAAAUUGGAGCCCCACAGCAUGUAUGAGAUCUGGGAAGAUGAUAUUAAUGGACAGCACAUUGUCGCCUUUGCUGAGGAGUCUGACCCAGACGGUUAUGAGCUCCUGGAAAUCUUGAAGGAAGUGGCCCAAGACAACACAGAGAAUCCAAACCUAAGCAUUAUUUGGAUUGAUCCAGACGACUUCCCGCUGCUGGUGCCUUAUUGGGAGAAGACCUUUGGCAUCGAUCUCUCAUCUCCUCAGAUUGGCGUGGUGGAUGUGGAGGAUGCUGACAGUGUGUGGAUGGACAUGGAUGAUGAAGAAGAUAUGCCCACAGCUGACGAGCUGGACACCUGGAUCGAAGAUGUGAUAACAGGCAAAAUCCAUCCUGAUGAGGAUGAAGAUAAUGACAAUUAUUUUGAUGAUGAAAAUGAUGAUAAUAAUGAUGAUCAUUAAAUGAAUGCCACUGUCACAGGCAACAUCUAGCUGUCCACAACAAUUUAUUAAGUCUGGAACUCUGGUCUCUAUAUAUGUUCACACCGCCUGAACAGUUUGCUUAUGGAAUAUCAACUCAUUUAAAAGAAUAAACAUCAA